UUCUUCUCCUUUGUGUCCUUCUCUUUCCUCGUCGGGCCUCAAAAGGGGCAGCAGCUUCUGUGCUUCCCCGAGCUUUCGUUUCAUCUUUGUCAGGAGGGCCAAAGACAAUGUGUGGGUUUCAGGUACACACAUUGCUUCAUUUCCAGAAGCCCUCUCUGCUCUGAAUAUGGCUCUAUUGCAUUUUGGUGGUUGCAUUUCCUUCACUCUCUAGUGGAUGCUCUCUGCGCAGAGGUUAGAACUGGGCAUUGAUGGGUUCCUGGUUUCACCCUUAAUCAUGAAAUCAGGACCAAAGAAUGCCUGGCACUCUAUUAUGCCUCUCUGUCUCAGAGGCAAAUCAGCUACACGUUUCUGCUUGUUCCCAAAAGUGAAGUCAGCUGGAUAUAGUCCAGGCAACGCACCUGUCUAUUUAAAUGUGUAUGAUUUGACACCCAUGAAUGGAUAUGUCUAUUGGGCAGGCCUUGGCAUCUUUCACUCUGGGGUGGAAGUUUAUGGGAUUGAAUAUGCCUUUGGAGCUCAUGACUAUCCAACAAGCGGUGUCUUUGAGGUUGAACCUCGACAGUGCCCUGGCUUCAAGUUUAGGAAGUCCAUUUUUAUGGGGACAACAUGCUUGGAUCCUGUCCAAGUUAGAGAUUUCAUGGAGCGCCAGUCAGCGAACUAUAAUGGAGAUACAUAUCACUUGAUUGCUAAGAACUGCAAUCAUUUCUGUGAGGAUUUAUGUUACAAGCUGACUGGGAACCCAACGCCAAAAUGGGUAAAUCGACUUGCAAGACUUGGUUCACUGUGCAAUUGCGUACUCCCUGAGGCCCUUAAAGCUACCACCGUACCCCAUGACCCUGAUUUCCAAGGAUAUGAGAAUGAAAAGAAGAAACUCAGGAGUGCCUUCAGUUGCCUGUCAUCAAUCUCAAUGCAGCCGAAGGAAGUAUCAAUGUCAUCAUUGUUUCUACAUUCUCACUAUAAAGGAUGCUUACCACCAUGGGAGUUGAAGAGGUCCAAAACUGUUUCAUUGAAGGAACAAUGAGAAGACUAUUUAUUUAGCACCUUCCACAAUUGAAAGGACACUGACCGUCCAUCUUGCAAUUGAGCUAUUGCAGGGACAUGGGGUAUUCCUGCCUCCAUUAGCCCUUGGGAGUGUGAAAUCUGUGCAAGUUUGUUGCUGUGAAUGUCAAAAUAGAAGGCUUAUUUUCUGGUUUUCUGUUUUUGGUAACCUGUGUGGAGUUUGUUUGUUGUAGUUGUAAAAUUGUGUUCUGUUGUGAUCUCCAUUGAUGUGCAGUCAUAUUUUUAUAGCAUGAGAAGAAUCCAAAUAGAUUAAUGAAUUGUUUUCAUGCUGUCU